UUCCAUUCAUACAACUGCUGCGCGACUCUGAACAAAAUAACUCGCAAAGAAAAAACAAACGGACAGCUUCUCGUGGACAGGAACUAAUUAUUUAAAAGUGUGUAAACGAGGUGGAGCAGCGGGAGGAGGAGGAGGAGUGACACCUCCUGCACCGGCGCGCAUUAAACGCAUCGAGAACAGGACUCGCUGUUGGACACGUUGCUGCACCCCUGGUCAGGUAUACAGUCAUGUUCCAAACUGUCCCUGACACGUCGUCUUACGUCAAGGAGGCGCUAUCAGUGGUGAGUGAAGACCAGUCUUUAUUUGAGCCUCCGUACGCUGCUGCUGCCCCUCUCCCCAAGACAGACAUGACUGCAUCUGGCGCGCAGGACUACGGCCAGACUCACAAAAUCAACCCAUUACCCCCACAGCAGGAGUGGAUCAACCAACCAGUGCGGGUCAACGUCAAGCGAGAAUAUGAGCAUAUGAACGGAUCACGCAGGGAGUCUCCAGUGGACUGCAGCGUGGGUAAAUGUAAUAAGCUGGUGGGGAGUAACGAGACGUCCCAGAUGAACUAUGGAAACUACAUGGAUGAGAAAAAUGCCCCGCCCCCUAACAUGACCACCAAUGAACGGAGAGUCAUUGUACCAGCUGAUCCUUCAUUGUGGUCGCAGGACCACGUGCGCCAGUGGCUAGAGUGGGCCAUCAAGGAGUACGGCCUGUUGGAGAUUGACACAUCCAUGUUUCAAAACACGGACGGCAAAGAAUUGUGCAAGAUGAGCAAGGAUGACUUCCUCCGUCUUACCUCUAUGUACAACGCUGAAGUUCUUCUCUCUCAUCUCAAUUACCUCAGGGAAAGUAGCUCGUCAUUAUCCUACACCACCGCAUCACACACAGACCCGUCCCCACGUCUGGCUGCCAAAGAGGACCCUUCAUAUGAUGCUGUACGACGGACGGGAUGGUCAAACAACAUGCACAGUGCCAAAGGCUCUCCAGUGGUAACUCAGAAUGUGACCAAGACUGCUGAGCAGCCCAGAGCUCAACCAGAUCCUUACCAAAUACUUGGUCCCACCAGUAGUCGCUUAGCCAAUCCUGGUUCAGGUCAGAUCCAACUUUGGCAGUUCCUCUUGGAGCUCUUGUCGGACAGCGCCAACGCCGGCUGCAUCACCUGGGAGGGCACCAACGGCGAGUUCAAGAUGACGGACCCGGACGAGGUGGCGCGACGCUGGGGCGAGCGCAAGAGCAAACCCAAUAUGAACUACGACAAACUGAGCCGGGCGCUACGCUACUACUACGAUAAAAACAUCAUGACCAAAGUGCACGGCAAGCGCUACGCUUAUAAGUUUGACUUCCACGGCAUCGCCCAGGCGCUGCAGCCACAUCCCACCGAGUCGUCCAUGUACAAGUACCCCUCGGACCUAGCCUACGUCCCUUCUUACCACAGCCACCAGCAGAAGGUCAACUUCGUAUCCCCUCACCCUCCGUCCAUGCCGGUUACCUCCUCCAACUUCUUCGGACCAACUGCUCCAUACUGGAGCUCGCCCACCGCCGGCAUCUACCCCAACCCUAACGUCCCCCGCCACCCGAAUACGCACGUGCCUUCCCAUCUGGGCAGUUACUAUUAAACACCUCUAUCUAACCACCCACUAGCCAUACCCGCCAUUGCUGACCUGUACUCCCAAUGACGCUAUACCCAAAGAAGGCAAUGAAGAGGAAAUCGAAAAAGAUGAUUUUAUAUUUGUUAAGAUUUUUGAAACAACUGGAUGCUAUGGUCCAAAAUGGAAUACUACUUAUCUUAAGAAGACUUGAUCUUUUGGACAUGUGCCUUGAUCUUCCGCAUCCUCCUAAAAGCUGCACCGAGUUCUUCUCCAAAACGUUUGCCAAGCCAAAGCCUGAGAACAGAAGAGCAAUCAUGUCUGCCUCCUCAGCCCAGACAUGGCCCUUUAUUUACGGGUCUCAAUCUCCAUCCUCCCGAGUACAUUACCGCCAUUACGCUUGAAAGCAUCUGCUCUUUCCACCAUCUACAACCUUGUCGGGGUUUGUUAUUCCCACCACAUCGAAGCCUUCAUCUUUUUUCCCAGCGCCUCUGCUCGUCCACCUGCAUCAUUUUAUGUGUGUGUAGAGAGUCUACUGGAAUUUGCUGGAAAAGAUGGAGCCCCCCCACACACACCACCACCACCAAACUCAACACACACACAAUAUGGACCUUUCUCUCCUACGAAUGAAAGUUGGCAACUGGAAUAUGCCAUUCACAAUUUAAUUUAUCCUCCAAACUGGAAGGCAAGAGAGGAGUCCAAUAGCGAGGAAGCAAGCGCUGUAUGUCUGCUGAACUGUCAGUUGUACUUUAAAUGCUUUCUGCAUUGCGUGCGGAGUUGAUGACAGGCCAUGUGUACAGCUCUCUUGUGCUGAGGAAGCUGAGUCAACGCGUAAUUGAAACAAUUUUGCAACAAGUCAACCCAGUCCGACACACUCGGCUAUUAAAAGUUUACUGCGUUGUCGCCUCGAAGCCAUGUUUUGUCUCUCCACCGUGUCAGUAUUAAUGUGAAUGUUGUUCAGUUUGUGUCUUAAAAGAGGAUUUCAAAUCAAAGAUUGUCAGGUGGUUUCAUUUUGUAAACAAGGAAACAAACAAGUAAUGACCAAGGCCAUUAAUUUGAAUAGUUUUUGUCAUUCUAAAAUAUGUAAAGGUUUCAUCGUGGUGAUAAAGUCCAACAAGACAGUAAAUCUAGAAUAAUGCAUUCCAGUAAAAUGAGCACAUCCAGUUUACUGUGAUGACAUGAAUUGAACUCCAAAAGUGUUUGCAUCAUUCUUUAACUGCUGUCCUGCCUAGUUUUCAUUCGACUCAAAACAUUCCCUGAUGAAAAAUCUGACAAUUUUUGAUUUGUUUAAUGACUGCCACUGCGUCUCUUCUCUUUUUUGGGCAAGUCAGGAUCCUGUAGGUCACACUGCGAAAUGGCUUUCUCAAUUUUUUGUGUUAGUCAACAGUGUCAAGUUGCAUAUUACCAGGGCUGGAUCCUAGUUUGAGAGCAGCAUGUAUGCUUGAAUGUUAGUUUCUCACUGAUCUAAAGGCCAGAUAAACAUGCACAUGGACUUCCUCCUCAUGUAAUUGCAUCAUAUCAUCACAUGUUCAUCUUCAGGUGCAUAGGCGCUAAAGAGCAAAUGCACUCCAUGACCAGUAAGUGAAGCAGACACUUGAAAGUAAAUGACGUUGGACUAAGGUUAUCGGAGAACAAAACCAAUUUAAAAUAUGACGAGUUGAAACAAGGAAUUCCUCAGAUUCGCAAACGCUGUGCGUUUGUCAGACCUAUUUUUUAUUAUUUUAUAUGCAUCAGUCAACUAGGCAUUAAAGCAACUUACUGUAUAAAUUAUGCAGAGUUAUUUUCAUAUGUGACACAGUAUUAAAAAGAGACAAGAGAAUUAAUACGAGUUGACCUCGGUCAAAAAAAAAAACACAAAUCUUUGAAGUCCAUUUCUGCUCAGUAGUUUUUUCAGCAUUUUAAGCGUUUUUAUAUUUGUACAUUUGGGCAAUACAUUUUUAGCUUUUUUAUUAUUAUUUCUUAUUGUAAUUAUUUUGUAUGAGAUUGUGUAACAUCCCAAGUGCCUUUGUGUACACAAGCUAAGCCUUCUCCCAAACACAAGUGACUGCUUGAAUCCAAUAACAGGGACCAUUUAACGCUGUCUGCAACAUGUGAUUAGGACAGUUCUUUAAUCACCGCUGAAGUCGAAUAGUCCGAAAAAAUUGGUGGAUAUUAAGAUAUUGUAUGUAAAUGAAUGAAAAUGGCAUUAACAUCCAUCAGCUUCCACCUGAAAUAAAAAGGGAAAUUUCUAAUGCACCCUGAACAUGCCUCUAUACUACUUCAUGUACUACUAUAUGUGUGUGUGUGUGUGUGUGUGUGUGUGUGUGUGUGUGUGUGUGUGUGUGUGUGUGUGUGUGUAGGUGUGUGUGUAUAAUUGUACAAUUAAUCAAUUAUAAUUAUUGUUAUUAUUAUUAUUAUUAUAUUAUUGUUAUUAUUGUCAUUCCAGCAUGUAUGAAGUCGUACCUUUUCAAAAAUGUUGUAUAGGAAAAAGGGCUUAUGUAUAGGAAAAUGUGAGAAAUAAAUGUUUUUACCUCUCGUGAUACCUAUAAGUGCAUUUAGCCUGUUUCCAUGGCAACACAGCCACUUUUCAUUUUGAGAACAAUUGGCCUCAAGUUUGUGAAACUUUUUUCCAGAUGGACCAAGGUGACUAUUUUAUUAAUACUUGUUGUUUAUUUUUCAAAAACAUAAAACAGCCAUUAGGCUUUGUAGCCUUCGUCUUGCUCAAUGAUGAUCGAGUCUUAUCUGACAAGGCAUUUUAAAAGUACAUGCACAAACAGAUUAUGGAAAGACACUAGUGAAAUUCUACACAACAUAUACACAUUUAGCAACUCUUAUAUCAGUGGGUACGUCUAAUGCAUUCUUAGGCGAUGUUCUUGCAAUCAAACUUCACAACAAUGUUUUAAUACUGAGAUCAAGCGGACUGUAUUCGGCCCAUUAUGCUCUAGAUAUGUAUCUAUAUGUACAUAAGAAAGUUCCCAUGCUUUUCUUGAUGAAUAAAAACAUAAUACUAUGAUUGCAAAU